GCUGCACAGCCACAGAUGCACCUUUCAAACCUCUAUAAAUGCACUUGCAGCUCUCCUCCUUACAGCAACACCUUCACACUCCUGAAGAGACUCACUGAAGCAGCCAACCUGAGCUCAGACCUACAAAGAAACGGAGACAUGGCCUCUCGAGUUACAGCUCUGCUCUUGCUGGGUGUCAUCUGUGUUGGGUUUGCAACAGCUGAGAUUGCAGUGGACUGCUGUCUGACGAUCGGUGAGAAGCGUUUGCCGCUCCACAUCCUUGUAAGCUACACCAUUCAGGAAGCUGGACAAGGUUGCGAAAUCAGCGCUACUGCGUUCAUUACAAAGGUUGGAAGGACACUAUGCGUCUCCCACCCCAGCAAGCAAGCAUGGGUGAAAGCUCACAUUGAUUUUCUGGAAAAGAAAAAACAAAGACAACAAUAAAUCAGGUGUAAAGAGGAGUGGACUCUGGGAAAAGAUGGUUGAAGAUCAAGAAGGGCCGAGGCUCAGAAUGGCCAUGUUGUACUGUAGAAGAUCAAAACAGUUUGAGAAGAUCAGACCUGUAAGAUCACAGAGGAAUCAUCACUUCAUCUUAUUUAUGAUAAUAUAAUGUAUGAGCCGUCAUGCCAGUGAAUCAGGCAGUGGUUAAAUGUACAGUUCUGAAUUUGUUUCUUCUCGUUUGUGGUGGCUGUGGUGUAAAACUCAAUCCCUUUGUGACACAGCGGUUGUGAAUGGCUCUUUUCUCUCUUUCCCUUUUAUUAUGCCUGUGAGUGAAAUGUACUAUAGAAAUAGAACGGUUUGCCUUGACUUGCCUAAAGGGCGGAACAGUGACAGUGAAACCCUCCUGUUUUUUUGGUUUUUGUUUUAAUCAAAAGACUGUAAGGUGUUUGUGGAAAAUUUCACUAAAUGAUGUUUGAUAAGCUGUGUUUAUCUUUCAUGAUCAUGCUCUAAGAUUUCUGUGAAUUUACAGUGCUGUUUUAGUGAUAACCUGUACAAAAUGUAGAGAUGAUAUAUGUAUGUCAAAACUAUUGUUGAGUUAUUCUAAAAUAAAGUUUGAUAUUAUUUUGUAA